AUGCGCAAUCCUCAUUACGUUAUAUUCAUUUACGCGCAAAUCCUCUUGUUACGUUAUAUUCAUUACGCGCAAAUCCUCUUAUUACGUUAUAUUCAUUUACGCAAAUACCUUAUUAUGUUAUAUUCAUUUACGCGUAAAUCCUCUUAUUACGUUAUAUUCAUUUACGCGCGCAAAUCCUUAAUUAUGUUAUAUUCAUUUACGCGCAAAUCCUCUUAUUACGUUAUAUUCAUUUACGCGCAAAUCCUCUUUAUAUUCGUUACGCGCAAAUCCCUUGUUAUUAUAUUCAUUUACGCGCAAAUCACUCUUAUUACUAUUCAUUUACGCGCAAAUCUCUUAUUACGUUAUAUUCAUUUACGCGCAAAUCCCUUAUUACGUUAUAUUCAUUUACGCGCAAAUCUUAUUACGUUAUAUCAUUUUACGCGCAAAUUAUUAUUUAUAUUCGUUACGCGCAAAUCCUCUUAUUACGUUAUAUUCAUUUACGCGCAAAUCCUCUUAUUACGUUAUAUUCAUUUACGCGCAAAUCCCCUCUUAUUAUAUUCAUUUACGCGUAAAUCGCAUUACGUUAUUCAUUUACGCGCAAAUCCCCUUUUAUUAAUAUUCAUUUACGCGCAAAUCCCUUAUUACGUUAUAUUCAUUUUACGCGUAAAUCCUCUUUACGCGCAACUUACGUUAUAUUCAUUUACGCGCAAAUCCCCUUAUUACGUUAUAUUCAUUUACGCGCAAAUCCCUUUCAUUAUUAUAUUCAUUUACGCGCGCAAAUCCCCUUAUUACGUUAUAUUCAUUUACGCGCAAAUCCUCUUAUUACGUUAUAUUCAUUUUACGCGCAAAUCCUCUUGUUACGUUAUAUUCAUUUACGCGCAAAUCCUCUUAUUACGUUAUAUUCAUUUACGCGCAAAUCCUUAUUACGUUAUAUUCAUUUACGCGCAAAUCCUCUUAUUACGUUAUAUUCAUUUACGCGCAAAUCCCCUAUUAUUAUAUUCAUUUACGCUUACGCGCCGUCUUAUUACAUUAUAUUCAUUUACGCGCAAAUCCUCUUAUUACAUUUCAUUUACGCGCAAAUCCUCUUGUUACGUUGCCGUUCAUUUACGCGCAAAUCCUCUUAUUACGUUAUAUUCAUUAUUUUACGUUAUAUUCAGUUACGCAAAUCCUCUUACGCGUUAUAUUCAGUUACGCGCAACUUUCUUAUAUUCAUUUGUUAUGCGCAAACUUAUUACGUUAUAUUCAUUUACGCGCAAAUCCUCUCUUACGUUAUAUUCAUUUACGCGCAAAUCCCCUUAUUACGUUAUAUUCAUUUACGCAAAUCUUAUUACGUUAUAUUCAUUUACGCGCAAUCCUCUUAUUACGUUAUAUUCAUUUACGCGCAAAUCCCUUAUUACGUUAUAUUCAUUUACGUUAUAUUCAUUUACAAAUCCCCUUUAUUACGUUAUAUUCAUUUACGCGCAAAUUUAUUACGUUAUAUUCAUUUACGCGCAAAUCCUCUUGUUACGUUAUAUUCAUUUACGCGCAAAUCCUCUUAUUACGUUAUAUUCAUUUACGCGUUAUAUUUUACGCGCAAAAUCCCCUUAUUACGUUAUAUUCAUUUACGCAAAAUCCUCUUAUUACGUUUAUAUUCAUUUACGCGCAAAUCCUCUUGUUACGUUAUUUAUUCAUUUACGCGCAAAUCCCCUUAUUACAUUAUAUUCAUUUUACGCGCAAAUCCCUUGUUACGUUAUAUUCAUUUUACGUAAAUCCUCUUAUUACGUUAUAUUCAUUUACGCGCAAAUCUUGUUAUUUAUAUUCAUUUACGCGCAAAUCCUCUUUGUUACGUUAUAUUCAUUUACGCGCAAAUCCCUUAUUACGUUAUAUUCAUUUACGCGCAAAUCCUCUUAUUACGUUAUAUUCAUUUACGCGCAAAUCCUCUUAUUACGUUAUAUUCAUUUACGCGCAAAUCCCCUAUUACGUUAUAUUCAUUUACGCAUAAAUCCUCUUAUUACGUUAUAUUCAUUUACGCGCAAAUCCUCUUAUUACGUUAUAUUCAUCCCUUAUUACGCGCAAAUCCUCUUAUUACGUUAUAUUCAAUUACGCGCAAACUUUAUUACGUUAUAUUCAUUUACGCGCAAAUCCUCUUGUUACGUUAUAUUCUCAUUUACGCGCAAAUCCUCUUGUUACGUUAUAUUCAUUUACGCGCAAAUCCCCUUAUUACGUUAUAUUCAUUUACGCGCAAAUCCUUUAUUACGUUAUUACGUUAUUACGCGGCAAGUUACGCGUAAACUCCUUAUUACGUUAUAUUCAUUUACGCGUUAUAUUCAUUUGCGCCGUCCUCUUAUUACGUUAUAUUCAUUUACGCGCAAAUCCUCUUAUUACGUUAUAUUCAUUUACGCAAAUCCCUUAUUACGUUAUAUUCAUUUACGCGCAAAUCCCUUAUUACGUUAUAUUCAUUUACGCACCAAAUUACGUUUAUUCGCGCAAACUCUUAUUACGUUAUAUUCAUUUACGCGCAAAUCCUCUUAUUACGUUAUAUUCAUUUACGCGCAAAUCCUCUUAUUACGUUAUAUUCAUUUACGCACCAAAUCCUCUUUAUUACGUUAUAUUCAUUUACGCGCAAAUCCCUUAUUACUUAUAUCCAUUUACGUAAAUCCUCUUAUUACGUUAUAUUCAUUUACGUUAUAUAUUCAUUUACGCGUUAAUUCAUUUACCUCUUAUUACGUUAUAUUCAUUUACGCGCAAAUCCUCUUAUUACGUUAUAUUCAUUUACGCGCAAAUCCUCUUAUUACGUUAUAUUCAUUUACGCGCAAAUCCUCUUAUUACGUUAUAUUCAUUUUGCGCCGUCCUCUUAUUACGUUAUAUUCAUUUGCGCAAAUCCUCUUAUUACGUUAUAUUCAUUUUACGCGCAAAUCCUCUUAUUACAUUAUAUUCAUUGCGCAAAUCCUCUUACGUUAUAUUCAUUUACGCGCAAAUCCUCUUGUUAUAUUCAUUUACGCGCAAAUCUCUAUUACGUUAUAUUCAUUUUACGCGCAAAUCACUCCUAUUACGUUAUAUUCAUUUACGCGCAAAUCCUCUUAUUACGUUAUAUUCAUUUUACGCGCAAAUCCUCUUGUUACGUUAUAUUCAUUUACGCGCAAAUCCUCUUAUUACGUUAUAUUCAUUUUACGCGCAAAUCCUCUUUAUUACGUUAUAUUCAUUUACGCGCAAAUCCUCUUAUUACGUUAUAUUCAUUUUACGCGCAAAUCCUCUUAUUACGUUAUGUUCAUUUACGCGCAAAUCCUUCAUUACGUUAUAUUCAUUUUACGCAAAUCCCUUAUUACGUUAUAUUCAUUUACGCAAAUCCUCUUGUUAAUAUUCAUUGCUGGAAAUCCUCUUAUUACGUUAUAUUCAUUUACGCGCAAAUCACUCUUGCGCAAAUUUACCUCUUAUUACGUUAUAUUCAUUUACGCGCAAAUCCUCUUGUUACGUUAUAUUCAUUUUACGCGCAAAUCCUCUUGUUACGUUAUAUUCAUUUACGCUGGAAAUCCUAUUAUUCGUUAUAUUCAUUUACGCGCAAAUCCUCUUAUUACGUUAUAUUCAUUUUACGCGCAAAUCCUCGUUAUAUUCAUUUACGCAAAUCCUCUUAUACGUUAUAUUCAUUUACGCGCAAAUCCUCUUAUUACGUUAUAUUCAUUCAUUUACGCGCAAAUCCUCUUAUUACGUUAUAUUCAUUUACGCGCAAAUCCUCUUAUUACGUUAUAUCAUUUACGCGCAAAUUCUCUUUUAUAUUAUAUUCAUUUUACGCGCAAAUCCUCUUAUUACGUUAUAUUCAUUUACGCGCAAAUCCUCUCUUAUUACGUUAUAUUCAUUUACGCGCAAAUCCUCUUGAUACGUUAUAUUAUUUCAUUUACGCGCAAAUCCUCUUAUUACGUUAUAUUCAUUUACGCGCAAAUCCUCUUAUUACGUUAUAUUCAUUUACGCAAAUCCUCUUAUUACGUUAUAUUCAUUUUACGCAAAUCUCUUAUUACGUUAUAUUCAUUUACGCGCAAAUCCUCUUAUUACGUUAUAUUCAUUUACGCGCAAAUCCUCUUAUUACGUUAUAUUCAGUUACGCGCAAAAUCCUCUUAUUACGUUAUAUUCAUUUUACGCGCAAAUCCUCCUUAUUACGUUAUAUUCAUUUACGCGCAAAUCCCCUUAUUACGUUAUAUUCAUUUACGCGCAAAUCCUCUUAUUACGUUAUAUUCAUUUACGCGCAAAUACGUUAUAUUCAUUUACGCAAAUCCUCUUAUUACGUUAUAUUCAUUUACGCGCAAAUCCUCUUACGUUAUAUUCAUUUACGCAAAUCCUCUUGUUACGUUAUAUUCAUUUACGCGCAAAUCCUCUUAUUACGUUAUAUUCAUUUACGCAAAUCCUCUUGUUACGUUAUAUUCAUUUACGCACAAUCAUCCCGUUAUAUUCAUUUACGCGCAAAUCCUCUUGUUAUUUAUUUCAUUUACGCAAAUCCUCUUAACGUUAUAUUCAUUUGCGCGCAAAUCACUACGUUAUAUUCAUUUACGCGCAAAUCCUCUUAUUACGUUAUAUUCAUUUACGCGCAAAUCCUCUUAUUACGUUAUAUUCAUUUACGCGCAAAUCCUCUUGUUACGUUAUAUUCAUUUACGCGCGCAAAUCCUCUUGUUACGUUAUAUUCAUUUUACUUACGCGCAAAUCCUCUUAUUACGUUAUAUUCAUUUACGCGCAAAUCCUCUUAUUACGUUAUAUUCAUUUACGCGCAAAUCCUCUUACGUUAUAUUCGUUUACGCGCCGUCCUCUUGUUAUUAUAUUCAUUUACGCGCAAAUCCUCUUGUUACGUUAUAUUCAUUUACGCGCAAAUCCUCUUAUUACAUUAUAUUCAUUUAUUCGCGCAAAUCCUCUUAUUACGUUAUAUUCAUUUACGCGCAAAUCCUCUUAUUACGUUAUAUUCACUUACGCACCGUACGUUAUAUAUUCAUUUGCAAAAAUCCUCUUAUUACGUUAUAUUCAUUUUACGCGCAAAUCCCCUUAUUACGUUAUAUUCAUUUACGCGCAAAUCCUCUUAUUACGUUAUAUUCAUUUUACGCGCAAAUCCUCUUGUUACGUUAUAUUCAUUUACGCGCAAAUCCUCUUUUUACGUUAUAUUACGUUAUAUUCAUUUACGCAAAUCCUCUUAUAUACGUUAUAUUCAUUUUACGCGCAAAUUCUCUUGUUACGUUAUAUUCAUUUACGCGCAAAUCCUCUUAUUACGUUAUAUUCAUUUUACGCGCAAAUCCUCUUGUUACGUUAUAUUCAUUUGCGCAAAUCUCUUAUUACGUUAUAUUCAUUUACGCGCAAAUCCUCUUAUUACGUUAUAUUCAUUUACGCGCAAAUCCUCUUCAUUACGUUAUAUUCAUUUACGCAAAUCCCUUAUUACGUUAUAUUCAUUUUACGUCCUGUUAUAUUCAUUUACGCAAAAUCCUCUUGUUACGUUAUAUUCAUUUACGCGCAAAUCCUCUUAUUACGUUAUAUUCAUUUACGCAAAUCCUCUUAUUACGUUAUAUUCAUUUACGCGCAAAUCACCUUAUUACGUUAUAUUCAUUUACGCUGGAAAUCCUCUUAUUACGUUAUAUUCAUUUACGCGCAAAUCCUCUUAUUACGUUAUAUUCAUUUACGCUUCAUUUACGCACAAAUCCUCUUAUACGUUAUAUUCAUUUACGCGCAAAUCCUCUUAUUACGUUAUAUGUUGUUUACGCGCAAAUCCUCUUGUUACGUUAUAUUCAUUUACGCGCAAAUCCUCUAUAUUAUAUUCAUUUUACGCGCAAAUCCUCUUAUUACGUUAUAUUCAUUUACGCGCAAACUUACGUUAUUCAUUUACGCGCAAAUCCUCUUUUUGUUAUGUUAUAUUCAUUUACGCGCAAACUCACUCUUAUUACGUUAUAUUCAUUUACGCGCAAAUCCUUGUUACGUUAUAUUCAUUUACGCGCAACUAUUUAUAUUCAUUUACGCGCAACUUUCCAUUACGUUAUAUUCAUUUACGCGCAAACUCUUGUUACGUUAUUAUAUUCACUUACGCGCAAAUCCCAUUACGUUUUAUUUACGCGCAAAUCCUCUUAUUACGUUAUAUUCAUUUACGCAAAUCCUCUUGUUACGUUAUUACUUAGUUGCGCAAAUCCUUCAUUACGUUAUAUUCAUUUACGCAAUGUUAUAUUCAUUUACGCGCAAAUCCCUUAUUACGUUAUAUUCAGUUACGCGCAAAUUAUUACGUUAUAUUCAUUUACGCAAAUCCUCUUGUUACGUUAUAUUCAUUUACGCGCAAAUUAUAUCUUUAAUUUAGGCGUAAAUCUCUUAUUACGUUAUAUUCAUUUACGCGCAAAUCCUUCUUAUUACGUUAUAUUCAUUUACGCGCAAAUCCCUUGUUACGUUAUAUUCAGUUACGCGCAAACUUCUUAUUCAUUUAUUUACGCAAAUAAACGUCCGCGCAAAUCCUCUUAUUACGUUAUAUUCAGUUACGCAAAUCCUCUUUAUUACGUUAUAUUCAUUUACGCAAAUCCUCUUGUUACGUUAUAUUCAUUUACGCGCAAACUCUUGUUACGUUAUUUUUUUACGCGCAAAUUCUUAUUAAUAUUCCGCGCAAAUCCUUCAUAUUACGUUAUUUUACGCAACCUCUUGUUACGGCGCAACUUCUUAUUAUGUUAUAUUCAUUUACGCGCAAAUCCUCUUAUUACGUUACAUUCAUUACGCGCAACUAUUCAUUUACGCGCAAAUCAUAUUCAUUUACGCGCAAAUCCUAUAUUCGUUAUAUUUUUACGCGCAAAUCCUCUUAUUACGUUAAAUUUACGCGCAAAUCCUCUUAUUACGUUAUAUUCAUUUAUAUUCAUUUACGCGCAAAUCCUUAUUAUGUUAUAUUCAUUUACGCGCAACUUAUUACGUUAUAUUCAUUUACGCGCAAAUCCUCUUGUUACUUACGCGCAAAUCCUCUUAUUACAUUAUAUUCAUUUACGCGCAAAUCCUCUUAUUACGUUAUAUUCAUUUACGCGCAAAUCCUCUUGUUACGUUAUAUUCAUUUACGCGCAAACCUCUUAUUACGUUAUAUUCAUUUACGCAAAUCCUCUUAUUACGUUAUAUUCAUUUACGCGCAAAUCCUCUUAUUACGUUAUAUUCAGUUACGCGCAAAUCCUCUUAUUACGUUAUAUUCAUUUACGCCGCGCAAAUCCUCCAUUACGUUAUAUCUAUUUACGCGCAAAAUCCUCUUUACGUUAUAUUCAUUUACGCGCAACUUUAUUCGUUAUUUCAGUUACGCGCAAAUCCCCUUAUUACGUUAUAUUCAUUUACGCGCAAAUCCUCUUAUUACGUUAUAUUCAUUUACGCGCAAAUCCUCUUAUUAGGCGUUAUAUCUAUUUACGCGCAAGCAACUCUUAUUAUGUUAUAUUCAUUUACUCUUUAUUACGUUAUAUUCAUUUACGCGCAAAUCACUAUAUUCUUAUUAUUACGUUAUAUUCAUUUACGCGCAAAUCCUCUUGUUACGUUAUAUUCAUUUACGCGCGAAUCCUCUUGUUACGUUAUAUUCAUUUACGCAAAUCCUCUUGUUACGUUAUUAUAUUCAUUUACGCGCAAAUCAUUACGUUAUAUAUUCAUUUACGCAAAUCCUUCAUUACGUUAUAUUCAUUUACGCGCAAAUCCUCUUAUUACGUUAUAUUCAUUUACGCGCAAAUCCCCUUAUUACGUUAUAUUCAUUUACGCGCAAAUCCGUUAUAUUCUUUACGCGCAACCUUUGUUACGUUAUAUUCAUUUACGCGCAAAUCCUCUUGUUACGUUAUAUUCAUUUACGCGCAAAUCCUCUUUUACGUUAUAUUCAUUUACGCGCAACCUUCUUAUUACGCGCAAAUCCUCUUAUUACGUUAUAUUCAUUUACGCGCCCUCUUAUUACGUUAUAUUCAUUUACGCGCAAAUUCUUAUUACGUUAUAUUCUAUUUACGCGUAAAUCCUCUUAUUACGUUAUAUUCAUUUACGCGCAAAUCCCCUUAUUACGUUAUAUUCAUUUACGCGCAAAUCCUCUUAUUACGUUAUAUUCAUUUACGCGCAAAUCCCCUUAUUACGUUAUAUUCAUUUACGCGCAAAUCCUCUUGUUACGUUAUAUUCUUUACGCGCAAAUUAUUACGUUAUAUUCAUUUACGCACCAAAUCACUCUUAUUACGUUAUAUUCAUUACGCAAAUCCUCUUAUUACGUUAUAUUCAUUUACGCAAAUCCGUCCUUUACUCUUAUUACGUUAUAUUCAUUUACGCGCAAAUCCUCUUAUUACGUUAUAUUCAUUUACGCGCAAACUAAUCCUCUUAUUACGUUAUAUUCAUUUUACGCGCAAAUCCUCUAUUACGUUUAUAUUCAUUUACGCGCAAAUCCUCUUAUUACGUUAUAUUUCAUUUUACGCGCAAAUCCUCUUGUUACGUUAUAUUCAUUUACGCGCAAUUAUCCGCAAAUCUUAUUACGUUAUAUUCAUUUACGCGCAAUCCUCUUAUUACGUUAUAUUUCAUUUACGCGCAAUCCUCUUAUUACGUUAUAUUCAUUUACGCGCAAAUCCUCUUAUUACGUUUAUAUUCAGUUACGCGCAAAAUCCUCUUAUUACGUUAUAUUCAUUUUACGCGCAAAUCCUCUUAUUACGUUAUAUUCAUUUACGCGCAAAUCCUCUUAUUGGCGUUAUAUUCAUUUACGCGCAAAUCCUCUUAUUAUAUUCAUUUACGCGCAACCUCCUAUUCAUUUAUUCCAGUUACGCAAAUCCUCUUAUUACGUUAUAUUCAUUUACGCGCGUUACGUUAUAUUCAUUUACACGCAAAUCCUUGUUACUUAUUACAUUAUAUUCAUUUACGCAAAUCCUCUUAUUACGUUAUAUUCAUUUACGCGCAAAUCCCCUUAUUACGUUAUAUUCAUUUACGCGCAAAUCCUCUUAUUACGUUAUAUUCAUUUACGCGCAAAUCCUCUUAUUACGCGAGUAUAUUCAUUUUGUUGGCGCCGUACGCGCAAAUCUUUGUUACGUUAUAUUCAUUUUACGCCGCAAAUCCUCUUAUUACGUUAUAUUCAUUUUUACGCGCAAAUCCUCUUAUUACGUUAUAUUCAUUUACGCAAAAUCCUCUUAUUACGUUAUAUUCAUUUUACGCGCAACCUCUUAUUACGUUAUAUUCUUUACGCGCAAACGUUUACGUUAUAUUCAUUUACGCGCAAAUCCUCUUAAAUUACGUUAUAUUCAUUUACGCGUAAAUCCCUUAUUACGUUAUAUUCAUUUACUUAAAUCCUCUUAUUACAUUAUAUUCAUUUACGCGCAAAUCCUCUUUAUUACGUUAUAUUCAGUUACGCGUAAAUCCUCUUAUUACGUUAUAUUCAUUUACGCGCUUAUUACGUUAUAUUCAUUUACGCGCAAAUCCUCUUAUUACGUUAUAUUCAUUUUACGCAAAUCCUCUUAUUACGUUAUAUUCAUUUACGCGCAAAUCCCCUUAUUACGUUAUAUUCAUUUACGCGCAAAUCCUCUUAUUACGUUAUAUUCAUUUACGCGCAAAUCCUCUUAUUACGUUAUAUUCAUUUACGCGCAAAUCCUCUUGUUACGUUAUAUUCAUUUACGCGCAAAUCCUCUUAUUACGUUAUAUUCAUUUACGCGCAAAUCCUCUUGUUACGUUAUAUUCAUUUACGCGCAAAUCCUCUUGUUACGUUAUAUUCAUUUACGCGCAAAUCCUCUUGUUACGUUAUAUUCAUUUACGCGCAAAUCCUCUUAUUACGUUAUAUUCAUUUAUUUACGCGCAAAUCCUCUUAUUACGUUAUAUUCAUUUCCUCUUACGUUAUAUUCAUUUACGCGCAAAUCCUCUUAUUACGUUAUAUUCAUUUACGCAAAUCCUCUUGUUAUUAUAUUCAUUUACUCCUCUUAUUACGUUAUAUUCAUUUACGCGCAAUCCUCUUAUUAUAUUAUAUUCAUUUACGCGCAAAUCCCUUAUUACGUUAUAUUCAUUUACGCGCAAAUCCUCUUAUAUUCAUUUAUAAAUCAUUAUAUUCAUUUACGCGCAAAUCCUCUUAUUACGUUAUAUUCAUUUACGCGCAAAUCCUCUUAUUACGUUAUAUUCAUUUACGCGCAAAUCCUUUGUUACGUAUAUAUUUACGCGCGCAAAUCCUCUUAUUACGUUAUAUUCAUUUACGCGCAACCGCAAAUCCUCUUAUUACGUUAUAUUCAUUUACGCGCAAAUCCUCUUAUUACGUUAUAUUCAUUUACGCGCAAAUCCUCUUAUUACGUUAUAUUCAUUUACGCGCAAAUCCUCUUAUUACGUUAUAUUCAUUUACGCGCAAAUCCCUUAUUACGUUAUAUUCAUUUACGCGCAAAUCCUCUUAUUACGUUAUAUUCGCAUUUUAUUACGUCUUAUUACGUUAUAUUCAUUUUACGCGCAAAUCCCUUAUUACGUUAUAUUCAUUUACGCGCAAAUCACUCUUAUUACGUUAUAUUCAUUUACGCGUUCAAAUCCUCUUAUUACGUUAUAUUCAUUUACGCGCAAAUCCUCUUAUUACAUUAUAUUCAUUUUACGCAAAUCCUCUUAUUACAUUAUAUUCAUUUACGCGCAAAUCCUCUUAUUACGUUAUAUUCAUUUACGCGCAAAUCCUCUUAUUACGUUAUAUUCAUUUACGCGAAAAUUUAUUACGUUAUAUUCAUUUACGCGCAAAUCCUCUUAUUACGUUAUAUUCAUUUACGCGCCAAAUCCUCUUGUUACGUUAUAUUCAUUUACGCGCAAAUCCUCUUAUUACGUUAUAUUCAUUUACGCGCAAAUCCUCUUGUUACGUUAUAUUCAUUUACGCAAAUCCCUUAUUACGUUAUAUUCAUUUACGCAAAUCCUCUUGUUACGUUAUAUUCAUUUACGCAAAUCCUCAAUUACGUUAUAUUCAUUUACGUUAUUGUUCAUUUCAUUUACGCGCAAAAUCCUCUUAUUACGUUAUAUUCAUUUGCGCAAAUCCUCUUAUUACGUUAUAUUCAUUUACGCGCAAAUCCCCUUAUUACGUUAUAUUCAUUUACGCGCAAAUCCUCUUAUUACGUUAUAUUCAUUUACGCGCAAAUCCCUUAUUACGUUAUAUUCAUUUUGCGCAAAUCCUCUUAUUACGUUAUAUUCAUUUUACGCGCAAAUCCCUUAUUACGUUAUAUUUCAUUUACGCGCAAAUCCUCUUAUUACGUUAUAUUCAUUUACGCGCAAAUCCUCUUAUUACGUUAUAUUCAUUUACGCGCAAAUCCUCUUUAUUACGUUAUAUUCAUUUACGCGCAAAUCCUCUUAUUACGUUAUAUUCAUUUACGCUCUUAUUACAAAUUUACCUCUUAUUACGUUAUAUUCAUUUACGCGCAAAUCCCCUUAUUACGUUAUAUUCAUUUACGCGCAAAUCCUCUUAUUACGUUAUAUUUAUUUACGCGCAUCCUCUUGUUACGUUAUAUUCAUUUACGCGCAAAUCCUCUUGUUACGUUAUAUUCAUUUACGCGCAAAUCCUCUUAUUACGUUAUAUUCAUUUACGCGCAAAUCCUUACGUUAUUACGUUAUAUUCAUUUAUUCAUUUACGCAAAUCCCUUGUUACGUUAUAUUCAUUUACGCGCAAUCCUCUUAUUACGUUAUUUCAUUUACGCGCAAAUCCUCUUAUUACGUUAUAUUCAUUUACGCGCAAAUCCCCUUGUUACGUUAUAUUCAUUUACGCGCAAAUCCUCUUGUUACGUUAUAUUCAUUUACGCGCAAAUCCUAUUACUUAUUUCAUUUACGUUAUAUUCAUUUACGCGCAAAAUCCUUAUUACGUUAUAUUCAUUACGUUAUAUUCAUUUACGCGCAAAUCCUCUUAUUACGUUAUAUUCAUUUACGCGCAAAUCCCUUAUUACAUUAUAUUCAUUUACGCAAAAUCUCUUAUUACGUUAUAUUCAUUUACGCGCAAAUCCCUUAUUACGUUAUAUUCAUUUACGUUCUUUUUAUUAUAUUCAUUUACGCGCAAAUCCUCUUAUUACGUUAUAUUCAUUUACGCGCAAAUCCUCUUAUUACGUUAUAUUCAUUUGGCGCAAAUCCUUUAUUACGUUAUAUUCAUUUACGCGCAAAUCCUCUUGUUACGUUAUAUUCAUUUACGCGCAAAUCCUGUUAUAUUCAUUUACGCGCAAAUCCUCUUAUUACGUUAUAUUCAUUUUACGCGCAAAUCCUCUCUUGUUACGUUAUAUUCAUUUACGCGCAAAUCCUCUUGUUACGUUAUAUUCAUUUACGCGCAAAUCCCUUAUUACGUUAUAUUCAUUUACGCGCAAAUCCUCUUAUUACGUUAUAUUCAUUUUACGCAAAUCCUUUUAUUACGUUAUAUUCAUUUACGCGCAAAUCCUCUUAUUACGUUAUAUUCAUUUUACGCGCAAAUCCCUUAUUACGUUAUAUUCAUUUACGCAAAAUCCCUUUAUUACGUUAUAUUCAUUUACGCGCAAAUCCUCUUAUUACGUUAUAUUCAUAUUACGUUAUAUUCAUUUGUCUGAAUCCAAAUUACGUUAUAUUCAUUUACGCGCAAAUCCUCUUAUUACGUUAUAUUCAUUUACGCGCAAAUCCCUCGUUAUAUUCAUUUACGCGCAAAUCCUCUUAUUACGUUAUAUUCAUUUACGCGCAACCCCCCUUAUUACGUUAUAUUCAUUUACGCGCAAAUCCCUUAUUACGUUAUAUUCAUUUAUUUACGCAUUGCAAAAUCCCCUUAUUACGUUAUAUUCAUUUACGCGCAAAUCCUUGUUACUUAUUUUUUUUUUGAUACGUUAUAUUCAUUUAUCGCAAAUCUUUAUUACGUUAUAUUCAUUUACGCAAAUCCCCUUAUUACGUUAUAUUCAUUUUUUACGCGCAAAUCCUCAUUUACGCGCAAAUUUAUUACGUUAUAUUCAUUUACGCGCAAAUCCCCUUAUUACGUUAUAUUCAUUUACGCGCAAAUCCUCUUGA